GCGAUGUGAGCCCCGUGCGAUGCCCAGCGCAGGAUGGAGCCCUCGCUGCCCUCCCCGUGGGGCUGGAACGGCUCCCGAGGAGGGGGGGCCCGGCCCCCCAACAACGCCAGCGCCGAGGGCAAGGCCAAGGACGGCGGGGGGGCCGCGCGGGCCGUGGGGUUGCUCUUCAUGGUGCUGCUCGACCUGACGGCCCUGGUGGGCAACGCGGCCGUCGUGGGGGUGAUCGCCAGGACCCCCGCGCUGCGCAAGUUCGUCUUCGUGUUCCACCUGUGCCUCGUGGACCUGGUGGCCGCGCUGACGCUGAUGCCGCUGGAGAUGCUGGUGGGCUCGGCGCUGGGGGGCUCGCCGGGGCUCUGCCGCCUCUACCUGUUCCUGCUGGUGUGCCUGAGCUCCGCCUGCAUCCUCUCCAUCUCCACGCUCAGCCUGGAGCGCUACUACUCCGUGGUGCACCCUCUGCGCUACGAGGCGCACAUGACGCCCACGCUGGCCGCGGGGGUCCUGGCGGGCGUGUGGCUCAAGGCCGUGGCCACCUCGCUGGUGCCCGUGCUGGGCUGGCUGUCCCCGGAGCGUCCCCACGCGGGGCAGGGCUGCUCGCUGCGCUGGAGCCCCGGCGCCGCCUGCAAGGUCUUCGUGGCCUUCCUGGCCGCCUUCUACUUCGCGCUGCCGCUGCUCGUCAUCGUGGUCACCUACUGCCGCAUGUUCCGCGUGGCCCGCGUGGCCGCCGCGCAGCGCGGCCCGCAGCCCACCCGCCUGGGGGAGACCCCCCCGCCGCCGCCCCACGCGGGCCGGGGGUCGCUCGGCAGCCGCUCGCCCAUGGUGACCCCUCUCCGGGGGUGAGCGGGGUCCGCGCGCAGCACUCCCACGGCACGCCGGGCGCGGGGCAAGGCGGCCGCAGUGCCGCUGGCCGUGGGGGGCCAGUUCGUGCUCUGCUGGUUGCCUUUCUUCUCCUUCCAGCUCUACGCGGCGCUGGGCUCGCGGGGGGCGAUGAUGAUGCUGGAGGGCGGGGGUCCCGCCGAGACCGUGGUGACCUGGCUGGGGUUCUGCUGCUUCACGUCCAACCCGCUGUUCUACGGCUGCCUCAACCGGCAGAUCCGCGCCGAGCUGGCCCGGCUCGUCGCGACCCUCCUCAAGCAGCCCCCCGAGGGGCUGCGCCUGCCCAGCCGCGAGGGCUCCAUCCAGGAGAACUUCCUGCAGUUCCUGCAGAGCACGGGAGACUCCGAGCCCCCCGCCCCCUCCGCCGCGGGGACCCCCACGCAGGAUCUGUCCCCGCUCCCGGCACCCCAAAAGGGGCCCGUCUCCCUCCACGGGCACCCCAAAGGGGUCUGCCCCCACCCCUUCCCUGUCGCCCCUGGCUCGGUGGCCGCCAUGGACUCCCCGGAGCCCCUCGGGGACUACAACUCCCACCAUGCCCCGCGCACCGGGGCGGAAAUGCCCUCACUUCCCAUCAUGCCCCGCGGUACCGAGGCGGAAGCGCCUCUCGUUCCCACCCCCAGGAACUCCAUUUCCCGUCAUGCCCCGCGCCCGCCACCGGAAAUCCAGAACUACCCGCUCCGAGACGGCUUCGGCCCCGCUCCUGCUCCCUGA